ACUACAUAACUCCUGGUGCAGCAAAGAAACUCUCCUUCUGCAAGACUUUUGCUGGACUCCUGAGAAAUUAUUUUGAAUAACAUGGCAGAGAAGGAUUUCAUCAGUUGGCAUCUGCUGGCUUUAUUUUUUCUUCCAUUUUGCCUGUGUCAAGAUGAAUACAUGGAGGUGAGCAGAAGAUCUUAUAAACCAGUGGCCAAAGUAUUGCAAAGUCACCACCAGACUGGCCACAAAGGUUCCAGAAGCAGGGAAAUUUUGAAACAGCGGAGUCAACUUAUAGAGUGGACUGUUGCUAAUAGCUCUUCUACAGACCAAAAUGUUCUGAGACCAGAGGUAGAUGAUGUAGAACUGACUACCUCAGAUAGAGUCCAGCCCCCCCAGACUGGACCACAGAAUCCAGACUGUAGCUCCUGCUGCCGCGGUGACUUUGGAGUUCGACUCUACCAAGGGCCCCCAGGACCUCCUGGACCCCCUGGGAUGCCAGGAAAUCAUGGAAACAAUGGCAAUAAUGGAGCAACUGGCCAGGAAGGAGCCAAGGGUGAGAAAGGAGACAAAGGAGAUAUGGGACCAAGGGGAGAGCGCGGCCAUCAUGGACCCAAAGGCGAGAAGGGUUACCCUGGGAUCCCUCCAGAGCUACAGGUUGCAUUCAUGGCUUCCAUGGCUACUCACUUCAGCAACCAGAACAGUGGGAUCAUCUUCAGUAGUGUUGAAACUAAUGUUGGGAAUUUCUUUGAUGUAAUGACUGGGAGAUUUGGUGCUCCAGUGAAUGGGGUGUAUUUCUUCACCUUCAAUAUGAUGAAACAUGAAGAUGUGGAGGAAGUGUAUGUGUACCUGAUGCAUAAUGGCAACACAGUAUUCAGCUUGUAUAGCUAUGAAUCAAAAGGGAAGGCGGACACCUCAGGAAACAGCGCCGUGCUGAAACUUGCCAAGGGAGAUGAAGUUUGGCUGCGGAUGGGAAAUGGAGCCCUCCAUGGGGACCACCAACGUUUCUCCACCUUUGCUGGGUUUCUUCUUUUUGAAACCAAGUAAAGAAGAAAACAGCCAAAUAGCUGUUUAUGUGAAGAAGCUUCUUCUUGGAACUGCAUUUCUUUUCUGGACUGUGGAACUGUAUAGGUCAGGAAGGCUUGUUUUGAUGCAGUGCAUUGCUAUUCCCGUAUCAGAGAUGAGCUGGAUACAUUGGGUAGUUAACACAAUUUUUAUUGCUCUCUUCUUCAAAGAGAAAAACAAAGGCAAAAUAGCUUCAGUAAUUUAGAGAGCAGUUUGCUCAAUAAAGCCAAUUUUGUCUGUAAAUAUACUUAACUAAAGUAUAUACCAGGAAUUGAGAAACUGAUACUUUUUUUUUUUUUUUUUUUUUUUUAUUGUGUGUGUGUGUGAAUAGUGUGUUCAUUUAAACUUGCAUGGAACCAGGCCAGAAUGAAUUAUAAGUAGGCUCAGCUGAGACCAAUUUUAAAGGAAGACAUUUUUACUGGACUAGAAUGAACUUUACACAUAAAAAAAAACCAUGAAAAUAAAGAGGUCCAGGAUUCAGCUUUAUUCCAUUCCCAUCUCAAACCUCUGAAGAUGCCUAUGAUGUCAGUUUUCACAGAUUUUUAGUUUGUAUUUAUGCUUGCUCGCUCUCUCCAAAACACAAAGAAAAAAAAAGAGCAGCAGUAAUUUCAGCCUUUGUAGCAACUUGACACUUAGGUAAUUCAGUCUGCAGAGAGCAGGGAACUGGACAGGGGACCUGCCAUGUUUCCUCCUGGCUUUUAAAUUGAUGAAACCUGAUGUAACGAAUGCAAGCUGUCAAAACAGAGAGGAGUUGGGACAUGUCAACAGCACAGAGAAACAUAUGAACUAUGGAGUUUGGGGAUCUUUCAGAAGGAUGUAUAUUUUAAUAUAGCAUAUUUACUUAAAAGUGAAGAUGUUGAUAUAGUUUUCUUACCAGCCUUCCUAGAGCCAGUAUUUCAGGAAAAGACAUUGCAGCCUGGAAAAGCUGUAGCAACCUAGUUCAAUAUUUAGCUGGUGAAAGCAAACACUGGCUGGCUCAGCAGUUCUGACCAUAGUAAAUUGGGCCAUUCUUCAGCAUUAACAUUUACACCAGUUUUUCAAAAUCCGAGUACCUGAAAUCCUGCCUUACUAUUUUCUUUUUGUCAGAUUCAACAAGAAAUAUACUAAAGAAAUACAGAAGUUUGAAUGCAUCUUGUGCACAUUCUGGCUCUCCACCAUGAACUAAUGAAAUACAGAUUAUAUUUCAACAGGGUAAAGACAACAGUACCUGUCAUUAAUAUGUAGCAAGCAGGCAGGGUUAGGACAACAUUUAUUUGAAAUUCUCUUAUACUAAAUAAAGAUACCAUUAUUGGUACAACAGAGAAAGUGAAUAAAAUCUGCCCUAUGAAUUUCUAUGUCCCUGUAUUAUUUCUAGAAUAUGGAAAUCACACCUUAUGAUGAAUAGUGCAUGUUGAUACUUGAUGACUGUGAUUUGCAAUUUUUUAGGUUUAUGCAGCAACCACUGAAAAUAUUCAUCUUAACAAACUGUCCUCUGAUGACUUUGAUUCUCUCAUGAAUUUGGGAUGGGUUUGUACCAGGUACAUUUUAAAACCCAAGACCAUGUUAUUAUGAUAAGUAUCUUAGUAAGAUUCUGGCAUGCCUUCAAUUUUAAACCUACCAAUCAAGUGUUCAGAUAACGCUGUUCUUCUGAAAUAAAUACACAAGAUGUAAGAGGUGUAUGGCAUCACAAGUUAAUGUUCAAAGUAAGAAAAACCUUGGAAAAAUUAUUCU